AUGAAGAAAAUUAAAAAUAUCAUCAAAUCAAUCCUACUGGUGUAUUAUCUCGCCCUCGUGGUGCUUACCAUCCCGCUAGCUUUUGAUGUUGGCGGUGUUCAGUGUGGCUUGACAUACUCGUUUGCCCUCCUAACGAUGUACUUCUGCUUGACCACGCUCAAACUCCUCGCUAGAAAGUAUCCUGUGCUCCGUGUGGUAUCUCUCAUAUACUACUCACAACACUUGUUCAUUCCCAGCAUCUUGAUGUUUUUCCUCUCCUACUGCUCUCAGAAAGAUAUGGGGAUGCCAGCUGUCAUCUCCGUGUGGCGCUUCUUACUAGUACACCUGACCUCAGUGUUCACCAUUGCCGAGGGCUUCUGUUCUUUACUAUUGAUCCAAGCUGCCUCACAAACGCUAGAUUGGCUCCAAACUUACAAGUCUGACAGUUGGUUGUUCGUUUCACUUAUAGGAAGCGGCUGCACUUUCUCGGGAGCUCUCUACUUCUUGUACCGGAUCUACAUCAAUCCGUUUUCCAUUGAGUUGGGAAACGCCUCGUUGAUCGGCUCUUUUCUCACGGUUGUCAUUGGCCUAGGUUUGUAUGGAAUCGUGUCUGGCAAGGGAUCCAUGAUUGAGUCCUCCUUAUUGUUUGCAUACAUUGUCCGCUGCAUCUACGAGACAUUUCCCUUGCUUUCAGAGGAUGCUACGCAAACCAUUGCUCAUUUGUUCACUCAGACAACAACUAACUUGAAGAACGAGGUGCUCAGGCUUCCAUUUCCUGUUAACGAGACAUUGCUGACAGUUCUACCGUACUUAGCCUCGAACUUGCCCCACUCAUUCAAAACUAUUUGGGACUUCUUCAUCUCGGCAUGUCAGAAGUUGACAAUGCUGUUAUUGGUCAACUUGGCCUACAGAUCCGGAGUUUUUUUCGCUGCAACGAAAAUCAUACCAAAUUUGUAUCAUGCGCUCCCAUAUCUGCCACCACGUACUCCCCAGCUCCGCUCGAGACAGGUCUCGUCGUCGUCAGUUUCGACAUUGCACAUGGAGUACGAGAAACCAACAUCUGACAAUAAGCGUGCAUCCGCUCGUCUCCGCAGAACGAAGCGUACACCGCCUUCUACCACCCUCAAGUUGAUUUACGCCUACUCUCCAUGUAUCGUCAUUGCGGUCUACACCCACUUGAUGUUGCUGUACAGCGGGGAACUCGGCAAUGAGUUGGUGCUUUGGGGCUGGUGGAAUGGUGCGCCAAAGGAUUCGAUUGUCGUGGUGCAUCCAUGGCAAUUCUGGAAUUGGAUCAACAUGGGUACAACGUUGCUUCUAUACAUGGCAGAGUUGUCUGGUGAACCAAGCUCAGCAAUGACCAGCCAUUGGCACAUUGACUAA